CUCUGCGAGUCCUCUGUGUACGAGCAUCAUUCAGCGGCUGCUUUUCGCGGGGGAGGAGAGAGGCAUCGGUCUGUACAUCUCAUCAAGGCACGUUUUGGCCGGUUUCUGCACUGUUCAACAAACUGAUCUUGGGCCUGCGUCUGCUGCUGAGCUGCUGCUGCUGAUCUGGAGACAUGGGGAGGUUACUGUGGCUGAUAUCGCUGAGCUCACUGGCUCUCAAGUUUGCACACGCUGGAGACGUGUGUGUGUCAGGCCACGACAGCGGGCCGGUGUUUGAAGAGCAGCCCACCGGUCUGAUCUAUCCUGAGGGUCUGAGCGAAGGCAAGGUCACCCUGAGCUGCCAGGCCAGGGCCAGCCCGGCCGCCACGUACAGGUGGCGUGUGAACGGGACCGAGGUCCAGGUGGGCAUGGACCCCCGCUACACGCUGGUGGCCGGGAACCUGGUGAUCAGCGGGCCGCAGCCGGGCAGCGACGCCGGCUCCUACCAGUGCCUGGCCAUCAACCGCUGCGGCGCCAUCGUCAGCCGCGCCGCCAACCUCAAGUUUGGCUUCCUCCACGACUUCCCCCCAGACGUCCGCAGCCCGCAGACGGCCUACGAGGGCGUGGGGACCUUCCUGGCCUGCCAGCCGCCCACCCACUACCCCGCGCUGUCGUACCGCUGGUACCUCAACGAGUUCCCCAACUUCCUGAAGCCGGAGGACGGCCGCUGGUUCGUGUCCCAGCUGACGGGGAACCUGUACCUGGCCCGGGCGGAGCCCAACGACACGGGGAACUACUUCUGCUUCACCACCAUCAACAUGGACAUCAGCACCAAGAGCACCUUCAGCAAGGCCAACCAGCUGACCGUGCUGUCCGACGCCAGCGCCCGUAAGUCUGCGCCGGUCAUCAAGGUGCGCUUCGCUGCAGAGACCUACGCUCUGUCGGGCCGGACCACCCAGCUGGAGUGUUACGCCUACGGGAACCCUGUCCCCAAGCUGCGGUGGAGGAAGGUGGAGGGCCUGCUGCCGGCCAAGGCGGGGAAGAGCGCCCAGAGCCCCACCCUCACGCUGCCCGACCUCUCCUUCGACGACGAGGGUCUCUAUGAGUGUGAGGCGUACAACUCGGAGGGCAGCGACACCUACCAGGGGCGCAUCAACGUGCAGGCUCAGCCCGAGUGGCUGCAAGUGAUGAGCGACUCGGAGGUGGAGAUCAGCUCCGAGCUGCACUGGAGCUGCGUGGCCGCGGGGAAACCCCGGCCCUCUAUCCGCUGGCUGAGGAACGGCCAGCCCCUCAGCACACAGGACAGGGUUGAGGGGAACGGGGGCCGUCUGAAGAUCGUUAACCUGGCCCUGGAGGAUUCUGGGAUGUACCAGUGUGUGGCCGAGAACAAACACGGCAACGUCUACUCCAACGGCGAGCUGAGGGUCCAAGUCCAGGCCCCAGACUUCCGGCUGAGGCCGGUGCGUAGGCUAGUCCCGGCGGCCCGGGGCGGGCAGGUCCGCAUGGAGUGCCGGCCGCGGGCCGCGCCCAAACCCACCCUGUUCUGGAGCCGCGGCACCGAGCUGCUGGUCAACAGCAGCAGGGUGACGGUCACUCCAGAUGGGGUGCUGAUGAUCCACAACAUCAGCCGGGCCGAUGAGGGGAAGUACACCUGCUUCGCUGAGAACUACCUGGGCAAGGCCAACAGCACCGGCCACCUGUCUGUCAGAGACGCCACCAAGAUCACGCUGGCGCCGUCCAACGCAGACAUCAACCAGGGGGACAACGCCACCCUGCAGUGCCACGCCUCACACGACCCCACCAUGGACCUGACCUUCACCUGGGCCCUCAACGGGGCCCCCCUGGACCUGGAGGACCCCGCCGGGCCCUUCCACCGCGUAGAGGGCAAGGAGACGGUGGGGGACCUGCUGUUGGUGAAUGGCCAGCUGAGCCAGGCGGGGGUUUACACCUGCACCGCCCAGACGGUGGUGGAUGGCGCCUCGUCCUCCGCCAAGCUGGUGGUCCGCGGCCCACCUGGGCCCCCCGGAGGUCUGGUGGUGAAGAACGUUGCUGAGACGUCGGUGGAGCUCCGUUGGAGCCGCGGCUACGACAACCACAGUCCAAUCGGGAAGUACAUCAUCAUGGGCCGGUCCACCAUCGCCUCCGACUGGAAGAGGAUGAGGACAGAGCCGGUGAACAUUGAGGGCAAUGCGGAGAUGGCUCGUGUGAUUGGCCUUUUGCCCUGGAUGGACUACGAGUUCCAGGUCAUAGCCAGCAACAUCCUGGGCAGUGGGGAGCCCAGCGUGCCCUCGUACAUCAUCCGUACACAGCAGUCAGCCCCCUCAGUGGCCCCCAGUGGACUAGGAGGAGGGGGGGGGGACCGCCACGAGCUCAUCAUCACCUGGACGUCCAUGGCCAGGGAGUACCAGAACGGAGACGGCUUCGGCUACACCCUGGCCUUCAGGGCCAAGGGCACGGAGAGCUGGACGCUGGUGCCCAUCGCUCACGUGGACUCCUCCCGCUACGUCCACACCAACGUCAGCCUCUCCCCCUAUUCCCCCUUCGAGGUGAAGAUGAAGGCCUUCAACCGCCGAGGGGAGGGCCCCUUCAGCCAGAUCGCCGUGGUGCACUCGGCCGAGGAAGAGCCCACAGGGGCGCCAGCCAGCCUGAACGCCACAGCGCUGUCCGCCUUUGAGAUCCAGGUGUCCUGGGCGUCUGUCCGGCAGCCCAGCCCAGAGGGCAUCCUGAGGGGCUAUGAGAUCCGGUACUGGCGGCAGCAUGAGCGAGAGGCGGCGGCUGACCGCAUCCGGACAGCGGGGCCGGGCACGGCGGCGCCCGUGGCGGGCCUGCGGCCCAGCACACGCUACCACGUGGCCGUUUUGGCCUACAACAGCGCGGGCUGCGGCCCCUCGUCGCCGCGGACCACCGUCACCACCCGGAGACCACCCCCUAACCGCCCCCCCGGCAACGUGUCCUGGAGGACAGAGGGGUCCUCGGUCAACGUACGCUGGGACCCGGUCAAGGCCCUGCACAACGAGUCCGCCGUGCUUGGAUACAAGGUUCUGUACAAGCACGAGGGCCAGGCAUCCCUCAAGGUGCUGGACCAGGGCCAGACCUCGGUGAAGCUACCACUGCCCAGUGACAACGGCUACCUGGUGCUGGAGAUCCGGUCCUGGGGCGAGGGCGGGGACGGGGCCGCCCACGAAACCAUCGUCUCCCGGGACUCAGGCACUGGGAUGAUGGUCCAGAACAGCGCCGCCUCAGCGCGGCCGUUUGGUGUUCUCUGCCUCUUCCCAGGCGCAGUGCUCCUCUCUCUGAUUGGCCUGGUCCACGUGUGAUCUGCCACAGCCAAUCAGGCCAAUCAACAGCCUAAUACUAUCGCUGAAAUAUUUUGUGUUGUUGUUUCUUUUCACGAGGAUGGGGUAUCGUGGGCGUUCAGGCCAGGGAUGAGGCCCCCCGGCCCCCAGUAGGGGAUCGGGUAUGACUCCAUUAGGUAAUAUGUGUUUUUCAUAAGGAAAUCCAAGAGCUUUUUGAUUUUAUUUGUAGGAAUGUGUGUGUGGCUGAGCCUAGUGGUGAAGGUGGGGUUGGGGGUACUGAGUAAGUGAUUUCACACAUAACAACCUUUUUCACAGAGGUGUAAGAGUAGGGGUGGGCACAAGUGUGGCUAGUCACACUCAUUAUGUAAUCCACUUCAUGAGCCACACCUGAUUUGGCCCCAAUAGGGGGCUAAGACCUCAUGAGUAUGGCCUUAUGGGAGCAGUGAAAUGCCUUUCUCAUUAUCAUUGACAUUUGGGUUUUGUAUUCCUUCCUGCUGCAUGGAAGUAAAGGUUUGACUCUGACAUCGACCCUGUUCAAAGGAAUUGUCAGAAAGUAAAAGUUAUCAGUAAAGAAUUUCGAAUUGACUACCAAGAGGUGAACCCCUUUAACAAAGAGUCACUUGCUCAGUGAAUGGUUGCAGCCAAAACAUGGAUCAGGACUUGGGUUUGUGAAGGGGGUACAGUCCACCCCGGGGGGCAGCGGCCUCAUGCAGACCUACACCGACAUGUGAGGGACACCCACUCUGACCUUUGAUUGUUAGAACCAAUAAUGUCUGUAAUGUAUAUUUCUUAUUCAGUGUAUAUAUUUUGAUUAUUGUGUUCUGUUUAUCUCUGCUGUAAGUAUAUCAAACGUGUGUUAAAAGGUAUGACUCAACUGAAUGAAUGUCAAAAACAUAUUUUACUUUAAUUUGGCAAUUAAUUUGGGAAAGGGAAGUCUGGGGCCCCCUGCUUGAGCUGCUCCCCCCGCGACCCGACCCCGGAUAAGCGGAAGAAAAUGAGAUGAGACUUUAAUUUGGCUUCAUUGUUCUCUGAGCUCUCAACUUGGUUGUGCCUGUGUCGUUGUGUAAGAUAAUGCAGACACUUAUGUCUAGACACUGGUUCAGCGUUUGGGUUUGUGGGGCCAUAGAGGGGAUUGAUAUUGAUCUUAAGUAGUCGUCACGGUCCCAGCAACAGUGUUAUCGUUCUCAUUGGACACUCAGCAGUGCCGUCAUGUCAUUUAAUGUGUCACAUAACAAACAGCUAAUACAUAACCCCGGUUAAGUUCAGAGUCAAGGCAAAAUGACUCCCAAGGUUGGUCUGGAAUAGGAUGAUAAUGAAAUGAAUGAUUACUGAUCUUUGUUUUGAUGUAGUUAUCUAGUUUCAGAUUGCAUUGGCCACAUAUCUAGAUUGACCAUAAAAGUGUCAAUGCUACAGUAAAAACAUCACACCAGAAUCAUUCAAAACCGGCGCAAUAGGAUCCAUGAUAAACCUGUCCAAUAUUCCUUGUAGAAAAGUGGAUUGCUGCUUCUUGGUGGUUCUUAAAAGGACAAUUUGUAUUUAUUUAUGAUUAUUAUUACACGUUUGUUGUACCAGUUUACCAAUGUGACAGUAAUGUGUGAAUGACUAAUAUUUCAGCCAUUACCUUCUGGAACCUCUGUCCAUACUCAUUCAAAGCAAAGAUUUGAGAUUUCAAAUGUGAUUGGAUUUAGAUAGGACAAUAAAAAACAGCCGCACUCCCAACCCUAACAGGAAUGGAAUAAUCUAUCAAAUCUUAAUUGUUUCUGCAUUAAAAGGGUUCUCGUUUGCAAAUUCCUAAAAAAAUAUUUUAUUUUUCGUAUUCUGAAGAGUUGAGUCAGAAGAGGACUUUUGUAAUGCCUUCCUUGUGUGAAUCAUCGAUAAGUUAAGUUUACAAUAUCAAUCUUUUUAAUAAUGACAAGGAAAUUUUUGGCUUUCUGUAUACACACACACACACACACACACACACACACACACACACACACACACACACACACACACACACACACACACACACACACACACACACACACACACACAGUAGAUCACAUUAGAAACAUAGAAACACAUCUACAUGUACACCUUGGACCACGCUUUCUAGAUAGAUUAUUUAAGAAAAAAAUGAAAAACAUGUGUGCUCAUGAUUCUUCAUUAAAAAUAAACAAACAUUGAUUUAAACUGGGUAAGUUUGAAAUAACUGAGGGUUUUUUUACUUGAAGCCAUUCAAGAAUUGUGUGCUUUUUGUAUUCCUGUAGUCUGUACAACAGCUUUGUGAUGUAGGUCUGGUCUAUGAAGCUGUCACAAAAUGUCUUCCCUGUUUCCGAUCCCAUUGGACUCAAGCCGUCAUCUCACCAGUCCUUUCUGCUAGUGAUUAGGAAACUGAAUGUUAUUUUCCAGUGUCAAAUGCUAAACAUGUGUGUUUUGCUGAUGCAGUUAGAAACAUUUGUAAAUAUUAUACA